AUGGUCGCAUUCCGAGGUAUCCCUUCCAACCCGAAAGGGUUCCUCCUGCCCGGUGCCGGCGACAUCUCCGCACCGUUGCACGUUGAAUCACGUCGUGGUUCGCAGGUGGCGCCUCAAAAUUUCGAAGAGGGGGGUGGUGAUAUUCCUUCUUCAUUGGAUGCGACUCAGUCUCGAAGACGGGCGCGGGAGUAA